AUGUUUAACGAAAUCGAAGUAAAAUUGCUGACAAAACGCAACUAUAAAAAAAUAAAGGAACUGAUCAGAAUAUCAUUUAGUCUUGGGGUUAAUUUAACAAGUCCAUCUAAAUUCAAAGAUUCGCUGCGAGUCAUUAAUGUUAUUCUAAUUGUAUCGAGCCUUAUAUCAAUGUACGCUCAUUGGUGUUAUACAGUACGAAGCAUUACAGAUAUCCCUAAAAUAGCUGAAAGCGUAUGUACCGCGUUCCAGACUUUAAUAUCUGUUUUUAAAAUGAUAUACUACCUGUUCAUUCAGCGAAGACUUUAUGUAUUACUAAACAAAGCUCAAACUCAUGAAUUUGUUCGCCAAAUUGAGAUAUUCCAUACGGGCUUUCCCAUGUGUGAAAGAAUAAAAGGUAGAGUCGACAAAAUCCUUGAAUCUAGCUGGAAAAAUAUUAAUGCUCAGUUGAUAUUCUACAUCUGUUGCUGUGUGGCCAUUAUUAGUAACUAUUUUUUAAUGGCUGUCAUCGUAAAUAUCUACAAUUCUUGGAACGGUGCUCCUCCGAACUAUGAACCAAUGCUGCCUUUUCCCUCUUAUUAUCCUUUUUGGCAGGACAAAGGCUUGUCCUUUCCGUAUUACCAUAUAGAAAUGUUUCUAGGAACCUGUGCCUGCUAUAUUUCCGGAAUAUGCGCUGUUAGCUUUGACGGUGUUUUCAUUGUCUUAUGUGUCCAUGCAGUGGGCUUGGUAAAAGUACUUAUAAUGCUAAUUGAGAAUUCUACUGCCCCGGAUGUGCCCAAGGAACGUCGAGUAGAAUAUUUGCGGUAUUGCAUUUACCAAUACCAAAGGGUAUCCGAAUACAUGGAUGAAUUGCGCAGGAUUUACAAACACAUCAGUCUAUCUCAAUUUAUGCUCAGCAUGCUAAACUGGGGAAUUGUACUAUUCCAGAUGGGUGUUGGUUUGGUAAACUUAAUGACCUUGAUCCGCAUGCUGAUGUAUAUUUCGGCAGCCGGUUACGAAAUUGUUUUAUACUGCUACAAUGGCCAACGCUUAACAACAGAGUGCGAAAAGAUCCCAUAUGCUUUCUUUAGCUGUGAGUGGUACAACGAGUCAGAGGAAUUCAAGCAGUUGCUUGGAAUGAUGAUCCUACGGACCAGUCGAAAUUUCUACUUCCAAAUUUCCUGGUUCACGACUAUGUCAUUGCCCACACUAAUGUCGAUGAUUAGAACCAGCGGAUCAUAUUUUCUUCUCUUAAGAAACGUAGCCGAAUAAAAUAUUAAAGUUCCACCAACAAUUAGAGAAUAAACAAUAAUAA